CCACAAAAUGGACCCACCCUCCUCCUCCUCCUCCACACCGUACACGAUUCACUACUCUCAGGCUCACCGAGUCGGAAUGACACCGACUGACAGUGGCAUAUUAGCGGAUAAGUUAUGCUGGGUCAGUAUCUCCACGCGCAAAUAGGGUCUGGGCGGUUCAAAAACCACCGAACGAAUGCUCUGCCUCGUUGCUGCGACGCUGCAGCUAUCGCCUCGACCAUCACAUUCACUGGUUGGUGGCAAUGGAAAGUGACAGCAUUGAAUUUACCGAACUGCCACCUCUCAGCGGGUUGUCUGAAGGUGAAGGAUCGCUUGUCCGGACCCCUUGCCCAGGGACGUUAAGGCCUCGACUUCAGCGCAUAUUUCUCUACACUCAGCCAGACGGAGGCUCUGAGGACGCUGGGAGCAACUGUGUCGCACACUCUCCACACGGUUUCUUAUCGCUGACGCUUUGUGGCCGCAUCCCUCUCGAUGUCUUCGUCUAUAUCAUCGGUCACAUGGAUCGUUCCGCGUUGCUCACCGCGGCAUUGGUCUGCUGGGCAUGGCACCGCUGCGCUCUGCGCAGUCUUUAUACCACUGUCGAGCUCAAUUCGCGCGCAAGCUACGAUUUGUUGGUGGAACAGUUCCGUACGUCGUCUCGUGUCAAGCAACGCCUAACCGCAACACGCAUACUAGUCGUGGGCAGCUACGACACGAAGCAAGGAAGCGCUCCCUUUCUGGAUGCCCUGCCUGCCGUCUUUGUCAACACACUACCCAUGCUACGAGUACUCGACAUCCGUCAAGCCCUGCGUCCUGUCAUGCACCAGACUUUCUAUAUCGCCCUUCAUCAGUUCAAGCACCUUGUGUCGUUGCGCGUGUCUGCUGUCACUCUGCGAAGCACCGACCAACUGCAACGGAUCGUCAACGCGUUUCCGCAAUUGGUAGCACUUGCCUUGAGCAAUGUGGCCUUCAUGCGCUAUCAUUCUACCAGUCGCAGAUCGCGAUGCCCUCCCCAGACCAGGUCCAACCUCCAUCUUAAAGAGCUUGGUCUCCAUGUUGACGACUCGCAGGUUUCUACCGAUCCGGUGGGCGCUCUUGAACACAUAUCCCACUGGCUCGAAUCCUCGGGUAUUCACCUUCAUAUACUGACCGCGGACAUCUCCCCUGCGUCAGCGAAUGACCACGCAUUCGCAUGCGAGCAAGUUGAUCGACUGCUCAGCACAAGUGGGCCGUAUCUGACUACCUUCAGUAGCCGCUUUGGUGGUCGCAUCCGCCAUCCUCGGGAAUUCUGCAGCCUAGUUCACAACACAGCCCUGCAGACCUUGAAGUUGACGCUGGCCUUCGAGCCCAACGACGCCGACCGGUCAACAUUAGCCACCGAACUGUAUGCCACACUCUCUACGGUCCGAAGCUACCAGCUCAAACGCAUCGUUAUCGUGUUCUACGUCGGCCUCCAACUCGACGACGGUCUGCACACGGUGAAGCUCAACCGAUCGCAUGCAGCGCUCGUCACGAAGUGGUAUGGCCUACACGAAAUCAUGGGCUACCCGUACUACGCCAUCUUGCGGGACGUCGAUGUCCGGAUGGACGUUGUGUACAAUAGACGAGGACACAGCCAGGAGUGGGUGGACGACAUCGCCCGAGCGCUGGUCCCCGAAUUGCAGCAGCUGUUCAUGCCAUGGCACGCCCGCGGAAUAGUCAACAUCUCCUACACCCUCCGAGGCGUGGGACUAGCCAACAAACAAGACCCACGCGUCAUAUAUUUGAGUCACUCCUGCGUACGAUCGUGCACGGUGUAAUGUAUCAUAUCAUCCAUCCACCGGGACCCUGAUGGACGACCGACGUAUGUAAGUCGCGCACCCCGAUCGCCAGUUGGACUGACUUGGCACGCUCCUUAUUCGCCGGUCUGGAGGAAUACCUUUUUCACUUGUACGCCCACGUUGCCCUUCGUCGCGUUGGACGCACGGACAUUUGUUGCUAUUAUGGUGGCGCUUGCCGAUUCUCGCAUUGUAUUUGUCCCAAUAUGCUCAACGAAUGACAGGAAAACAUCGCUGAG